AUGCCAAAGCUUAGCGAGGAGUAUUUUGAUUUAGUACGCCAGGCAGUUCGGGAAGAAAAAGAGAUACCGAAACGUAAAAAGAGGAGACUUCCGAAGUACGAAGCCAAGCCGUCGCCGGAAGAAGCCAAGGUAGUGGUAGUCUUGGACUCGGAUGAGAAUCAUGAUAAGGAAAGCUUUAACGAAAAAAGUUCAGAUGUCGAUUUUUCACAGGAAGAGGACGAAGAUUUUGAUUCUGACGAAUUUGAAGACAUCUCGGAUCUCGACAGCAAUGAAAAAGGGUCUCAACAGAAAGGUGUGUCUGUGACCAUUGAUCCUAAGCUUUCAGGAUCCAAUGCAAAGUCAAAAACGAAUUCCAGAAACCUUAUCUCAAAUGAAGAACGCAAGUUUCGCAAAUACUUCCAUAUGCUGCAUUUAAUCACUUUGAUGGUGCACGGAUCGAUCCGCAACAAAUGGCUAAAUGAUCAUGCAUUGCACGCCAAACUGUCGAAGCUAGUGCCUGAUAGUGUGUUUGAGCUCCUGCAUCCGACAAGAGACGAAGAACUGCCGCUAAGAAGUACCCGAAAAUUGCUGGAUGGCCUGAAGAAAUGCAUGGAAAUUUGGCAAAAACACUUCAACCGCAUCACUCGACUUGAAACUCAAGGCCUAUAUAUGUUUGAAUGGGACGAGCUGAGUGGUCCAUGGGAACAACCUUCCCGCUAUAUGUCGCAAAAGCUCUUCAACAAAAAGGUAGCUCACGGGAGAGGCAGUUUAGAGGUAGCAGCACAAGGUUUUGUUGCUAUGUUAAGAGCGUGCGGUGUGAAUGCAAGAUUAGUUUUCAACAUACAACCACCAGACUUCACAAAUAACAAACCAUUGAAUGUGGACGGUAAAUUGACACCCGGGGAGUAUCUGGCAGACUCUGGAUCUGCGUCCAAACUACGACGAAGAAAAAAUGCCGCCAAUAAAAAGAACGACACAGCUCAAGAUCGAUAUUCAAUCUUUUGGUGCGAGGUUUGGGAUAAAACUACUAAAAAAUGGAUCACUGUGGAUCCCAUGGGUCAGAAGACCAUUGAACAAAUACGACAUCACACGGAACUUGAACCUCAAGGUAAGGCUCGAAAAAAUAACAUUUUUAGAUAUAUUAUUGCCUAUGACCGAAAAGAAGGGUGUCGAGACGUUACCAGAAGGUAUACUAUUCAUUACAACUCAAAGACAAGGAAAAGACGCGUUACAAAAACUCCUGAAGGUGAGGAAUGGUUUCAAAGAGUGCUAACCCGACUACAAGGCAGGAAAAGAACUCGCACGGAUGAUUUAGAAGAUGCGUAUUUCGAACAGAGAGAUCAGACCGAGGGGAUUCCUGAUAACAUGCAAGAUUUAAAAGGGCAUCCUCAUUAUGUGGUUGAAAACGAUAUAAAGUGGAAUGAAGUGCUAAAGACUAAUUGCAAAGAAUGCGGGUUUCUUCGAUUGAAAAACAAUACUGCCAGCUUAAAAGUUUACCGACGUCGAGACAUUGUGGUGCUUAAAACAGCCAGGUCAUGGUACACAGAAGGGCGUAUACUAAAACCUGGCGCCAAAGCUCUUAAAACAACAAAAUCACGAGAGUUCAAAACUGGUGAGUUAACAGAAGAACGGCUUUAUCCAUUUGACCAGACUGAUCUAUUUGUUCCUGAACCUCUAGGGCCAGAAGAUGAGAUACACACAAACGUGUAUGGAAACAUUGAUAUCUACGUGGACAGUAUGAUUCCGGCUGGGGCUUGCUUGAUUGAAAGUCCGGUAGCGGUGAAAGCUGCUGCUUUUGUGAAAGUUGAGUUUGCAAAAGCCGUCACUGGCUUCAAAUUCGAGAAGAAAAGGGUUGCCAAGCCGCAAAUCACUGGAAUUGUAACAGCUCAAAAAUAUCGUGAAGCCGUCGAAGCCGCGAUUGAUGGCCUUGAAUACACCGCUGAAGAAGAUAAAAGACAAGAGCAUGAGUUGCAAGCGUUGCAGCAUUGGAAUCUACUCUUGGCGAAGCUGAGGAUCAAACAGAGGCUAAUCUCAAGUCACGGAAAUGUAAAUGCUACGAAAGGCGACCGCAUUGGUGGUAAAAGUAAAUCAUUAGACGCCACUUUUGAUGCCAAGGAGCUCUCCGAUCAUAGUGACAUAGGGAACGGUGAAAGCGACAUGGAGUUCGAGGCUGGUGGAUUUGUACCCGAUGCAAGUGGAUUUGUCCCUGAAACUGCAGCUCGUGAGGACGACACCGGUUUCAGUGAUUUGCAAGCCGGAGGCUUUGAACGGCAAGAGGCGGUUUCGCAAGAGCCAGUAAAGGAGUCGGAAGCCCAAGAUAUCUCAGAAAGCUCACAGGAAGAGGCCAAAGUUGAUGAGUUUGAAGACUACGAAAACUUUAUGAAAGAUCUGGAAACGAAGGAAAGUGAAGAUGAGAUGUCUGCACAAUCUGAUUUGGACUUCGACUACGAAUCCGAGUAA